CGCGUUUGACGUUAUUAUUUUACGUCUUAACGCGUACUCGUAUAUAUAUAUAAUAAACAAACAAAAUUAUCUCAUUAAAAAGAUGCAUUUCCUUUCCCCUUUUCUCGAUUGUCGUAAAAGAGUCAAUGGAAAACAAAAAAAAAAAAAGAAAAGAAAAGAAACAAAAAUGUUUUAUUUAUUAGCUUUUUCUUAUUAUCACGAGACUGCGAUAACGCGACCAACAUAAAGUUCCUCGGACGUUGUAAGAAUUUAAAGCAGACGACGACCAGUGCUCAAGCUAGUCGUUCACCUGGUAAGCUCAUUGACCCUUUUCUAAUCGGUAAGCUUUAAAGAGGAGAGGGGUACCCCUAUCUGUAUACUUAGAAAACGUACACUCGAGCGCGCUUAUGCAUUUCUACUAUUUUUUUUAACCAUUUUCUUCCCACGAUCGUCGUUGCAUCGACGCUGCCAGUUUUCUGACUAUAUUUAUGACUGAAUCCGUCGAGAAAUGAAGAUAUACGAGAAACAUUAAAAGCUUCGAAAGAGAUAAGAGCGCGUUUUGUAGUAGUACGAUUAUCAAAAUAACAUUUUAUUGUUAUCCGGUAGUCGAUAAUUGCCAUGAGAGAUACACUACACUGAUUUAUUAAAUUCCGUAUUUAUUAAAACGCAACGCAAUAUAUAUGUAAACAAAAAAGUAAAAGCUUUAACAAAUGGAAAACGGUUUGUUAAAUCGAUAUAACAUUUGCGAUCGAAAUAACGUAACUAUGGUAGCAAAUCAAAGAUGGAGAUGGUUUCGUGAAUUCCCCAUCACAUUUGAUGACAUGAAACCAAACGUUAUUCUUCGAUGAACUCCUUCGCCAAUCAAAUAUCUUGAAUAAUUCCGUCGCGUUAAUUUCACUUCGAUGUGCAAAUAUUUGGAAAUGUCCAAAACUACUUCUUGUCCUUGCAACGAAAGGAAAAAUGAUUCGGAAGAUGAUGGAUUGCGUCCUCGAACCGAUGAAAUUUAUCGAACUUGCAAACUUCCGACACGAUUUAUGUAUCCGAGUGAGUAUAACGACCAAUGCAAGAAAAAAAAAACAAAGAACAAAAAUAAAAAGUGUGCGCGAUGCGAUUCGAAACAAAACUUUAUUCAGGCGAAUCAGUAAAAACAAAAGAGAGAGGGAAAGUAAUUCAAAUAAUACGAUAAAAAUCACGCUAACGUUAUUAUAUCAAAUAUAAAACUUGUAGUCGGUUCACCCGUAGGAUAACCUUUUACGCUACCAUAAACGAUUUGUUCUCUUUCUAUCACAUUCUCAGACGAUAUUGUCAGAAAAAAAUGAAAUUUUAAAGACGAUGCUAAAGUUUAGCAAUUUUCUUUUUUCUUUCUUCUUCUCCCCCACCUCCCCCUCCACCCACACACAACUCGAGAUUUUAAUUUUAUUUAUCGUUUUCGAUCAUCUUGUCAACGGAAAUUAUUAUUCCAGAGUGUAGAGAUCUAUUAGCUGUUUAAUAAACUUUUAUUUUAAUUAAAUCUUCAAUUUUAAUUAAUUAGAAUUUGUUGAGAAUAGAGAAACAUUUCUUACUUCUUAACUGUUAAGUAUUCCUUCUUCGCAAUUAGUCGUAAAGUCUACCAAAAGAUAUUCUCGUUAAGUGCACGAUAACGCUCGGCUAUUAAUAAGCAACCCGUACUCGAUCACUGCUUGCACCCGUUCGAAUCUUAUCUUGAAUAAUAAACUUUUUUAUGUAUGUCAUCGCGUAUACCUCAUGUAUUAUUAUUAGUUAUUGUUUAUUCGUGAAGAGUCCAUUGAAAAUCCUUUCUCACGAAAUUAAUUGCAAAUAUUGUUAGUUAAGAUUAUUAAAUAAUUUCUCUGUGAAUCUGUGUUCUUUGAGAAUCAAAAUUUACGAGUUUUUAAAUAAAUGCGCUUCGGUAUUUAUAAAUAAAUUCUUUUUUUUUACAAACUUGAGCCAUAAAUUAUUCAUAUAUCUAAUAUAAUGUAUUAUCGUAUAAAUAAGUAUUAAGUAGUACCCAUUGUGUGAGUUUCGAGAGUAAUUCGCAGAAGAUUCGUAUAAUGCUCGGCUUUGUAGGAUCAAAUGAGGAAUUUCAUUUAACGCCAAAGCACAUUUUCAUUAAAGUAAGAAAAAUUCGACAAGAGUUACAAAGAAUAUCUAGUAUUUUAAUGAUUAAGAGCUUUGAAGCAGCAUAAGAUGGGAGUAAUUUUCUCAUAAUCGGAGUAUUUACUGGUGCGAUAUCUGGAGAAAUGGUAAAAGCGAGAGAAGUUGUCUAUAUGAAGAGAAAACGAUCUCCCACGGGGUCAGUGUAAGUUCAGCUUUACGGUGAACAUCAUGUUGAAUAAUAUCAUGCUGUGCUUUCUCGUUCUCGUCUUACGAGUUCUAUCAUCUUCCACGUUAUUAUUCGCGUACGGUUAUACUGAAGAAGAAAUCGACUGCCAGGUUUAUAACCACCUUCAUGUUUGUAUUUCAAACGGAGUACUCGAGAGUGUAGCCUUCAAAGACGUAAAAGCCGUUCAAACGAUCGAAGAUACCGAGUUACAUCUCGAGGAUCUUGGAAUAACGGAUAUCAAAAAGAACGCAUUUGUUCGUGUCAACAAUUCUACGGCUCUUUAUUUGCGAAACAAUAAUUUGUCGAUCGUGUCGAAGUAUUAUUUCGAGACCUUAGAUCAAUUGACGUAUUUGGAUUUGCGAAAUAAUUCUAUUCGAGAUAUCAAGGAUGGUGUUUUCACCGAAUUGAAUUAUUUGGAAACGUUGCUAUUGGAUAAUAAUAAUAUUUCCGAUCUUCGCCCGAAUGUUUGGAGAGGAUUGACGGAACUUCACGAGCUUUAUGCAACUAAUAAUAAUAUUGUACUUAAGAGAAAUGCUUUUAAAGGUUUGAGACAAUUGGAAACACUCGCGUUGGAUUCUAAUGGAAUUACGGAGAUACCGAUUGGAACAUUUGCUGGACUCCCUCAUAUAGAUUUACUUUACUUGUCAAGGAACAAAAUAUCCAAUUUACAUUCGGACGUAUUUCGUGGGCUGAACGAAAUAAACGAGUUGGAUCUUGGGAAAAAUCAUUUCCAAUCUCUUCCUGGUGGAAUGUUCCGACAUUUGAAAAGCUUAAAUUCACUUUGGUUGAACGGGAAUGAAAUCGAAACGAUUGAGAAAGACACCUUUGAGGGAUUAGACGAGCUAUCAAUUUUAUUUCUUAAUAACAACAAGCUACGUUACGUCGACAUGUCUGCAUUCGCCAAAAUGAAGCUCGUCACUGUUGAGCCUGGAUUUAAAAUAAACAACGAAUUGAUCGAACAUUAUUUCGAAUUUACUAAAAAAUAUCAUUGCACCAAUGUCAAUUAUCAGGAACCGUACGAUUGCGUAGAAAUCAAAGAGUAGUUCUUUUUUCUCUCAUUGUGUUGUUAAUAGAAAAAAUUGUGUUUUCAAGAAAUUGUAAACAAUUAUGAUAGCCUAUUCAAUUUCAAUAUCAAUCAAAAAAUUCGAUUAAUAGUAAAUAAUAUGUUUUGCAGAAACAAACAAUUAAUCGAAAUACGAUAGAUUUGUUGGUGGGGCGGAAAGGAGGAAGGGGGAAGGGAGGAGGUACUAUACACGAAACAAAUAUAAAAUAUUAAUAAUAUAUCGGAUAACUCUUCGAGGAUAAUGUUCUCUUUUUUUUUUUCUUUUUCUCAUUUCAAAUAUAAAAAUCGAGUUGAAAAAUAAUAUGACAUAUAAUAUAAUAUAAUAUUUUUCGCGCGCCGUGCAAGGGAAAAAAAAUAAUUUAUCUUUCGAUAUCGGUCACGUGGAAACGCUCGAUGAUAAAUGUUAAACAGCUGCAACUGUUAUGCGUAUGUACUAAAAUAAACUGUAUGUAACGUGUCUUCGAGUCGACUAUGAGAAAACUAUGCAAAUAGGCGAAGAAUCGAAAGAACGAGUUGUUGGAAAGUAAAUUUAUCGAUAUACAUGAUAUCAAUAUCGAUUUUUCGAACAAAGGAAAUUGUAUACGUAAGUGUGUGUAACUGAUCUAUCGAUCGUCGUCUUUAUAGGGAUAUUCAAAGGAUAUCGUCAAGACGACGUUCCUCUUCCACAUCCCUGUUAUAGGAGUACUUCCAUGGAUUAUGGUUGGUACGCGCCUACAAUUCAUACCGUUCCUACAACCUAUUAUCCUCGAAAUGCUUCCUUCAGUCGAGAAGUUGGACUCGGUGGAAUGUAUCGAAAUUAUUCAUUGAACACAGAAUUGGACAAGACUAUCGUUUGAUUAUAAGAUAUUUCUUUUUCAUUUCUACUAUGUUCCUUUAUUACCUUCAUAAGAAUGUAUUCUCUUACGAAAUGAAAAAAAAAAAAAAAAGAAAGGAAGGAAAAACAAAGCAAAAAAUUUAAUGAAAACAAAAGAAAGAAUGAAUUUUUUUGUCAAGGAUUAUGUGAUGCAGUGUUAAAUGGUUAUUACUCGCUGUUGUUAUCGUUUUUACGCUUAUUUUUAGAUAUAUAUUUUGUUUAUUAUUACAGUUUUUCAGCUGGUUUCGCGUUAAUCAUAUUUUUUAACGAAUCCUAUAAUAGGUCGGACACAUUUCAAAUACAGCGUGCCCGAUUAAUCUCUAAUCGCGGAUUACAAAUGUCUCCUCUUUUUUUUUUUCUUUUUUUUUUCUCUUUUCUUUUUUUUUUUCUUUUUGCUUCUUUUAAUUACUUCUUUCUCUCGCGCGAUACAUUUAUCGAAGAUUGAUAAAUAAUUUUGUUCUUUUCUUGUGUUCUUUUUAUCGUCUUUUUCUUCUUCUUUUCUUUGCUUGUUUUUUUUUUCUUUUCAUUUUCGUUUAAAUCACGAUUUACAUCUUACAAGUGCAUCGACUAAUCGGUGAAUUGGAAAACUUUGUGGUUACGACGAUUAUUACACAUCGAUUAUUUAUAUUUAUAGCAUCACGCGCAGGAGGGAGGGGAGACUUUCUAAAAUAUUUGUCGCCACGGGCAAUAUUAUUUCAUUUUUUCAUUGCCAUCGAUUUCGUUAAUAUUGAUAUAUAAUAGCAGUACAAUAAUAAUUAAUAAUAAUCAUAAUCAUAAUAUAAUAAUAUUCAAUGACAACGCAACAUAUAUUAUAUGUAUUAUAACACAAUGGACAUUCAUCUAUAACUUUAACACAUUUAUGAUUGCGCACAUUUUCCAAUAACAAUCGUAAAUAUUAGGAAACGCAUUAUGAAAUAUAUCAUCAUAAUUCUAUGGUGAUUUUAACAGUCAAUCGAUGAGAGUAAUAAUAAUGCUCGAUAAAACCGACGUUCGAAAAAUCGUUUGAUGUUAUUACGUUGAAAUCAUUGAUGUAAUAAUGAAACUUUCGAAUGUAUAAAAAUGAAUGUAAGUGAAAUUAAACGAAUUAAUCAAUAAUAAUUUCCCAUCUUUUACAAAAAGAAACCAAAACAAAAAAAUUGACACCCAAUCUAUCGUUCAAAAUUAUUCUCAAAAUACAUUAAUCCUCGUCGAAUAAAUUUCAUUAUCGCAACACACAACGCGUUUCUUAUAAUAGUUAAUUAUAUCUCUCGUGCUCGCUGAACAAUCGUCCCAUUUUUUAUCAUCAAUUAUUCAUACAAAUGAAUUAUUUGUCCAGUUGAUCGAAACGCUGUAAUCAUUCUUCUCUUUUUUCUUUUUUGGUUUUAGUUUUUCUUUUUUUUCAAAAAUUAUCCACGAGUAACGGAAAUAAAUAAUCAAACAAACGAAUGUAAAGUGAUCGUCGUGAAUCGAUAAACGAGUACGUAAAUUACAAAUAUCGAAAUAAAUUUUGCCGUUAAAAUGUAAUCAAUUACCCGCUUACUCUCGCGUAACUAGGUAUAUCUAUUCUAUAAAUGUGUCUGCUGUUUGUUUGUUUUUUUAUUUUCAUUAUUAUUAUUAUUUUCUUUUUCCCUCUCUCUUUUAUCUAUUAUUUUACACGAUUUCUUCAUUAUAAUCUCUCGUCGUUUA